AAUUUGAUUAGAUUAGUGAUAAAAAAAGUAAAAAGUAAAUAAUAAUGGCUGUAGAGGGUGAAUUGUUUUCUCAAUCUGAUUGGAGAAAAAGUAUUAUUUCUCAAAUACAAAAAAGAAAUAAGGACGAAAAUCAUAAAUUUCACGAUCUGAUCUUGUUUCAUAACCGUUUGUUCGACAACUGGACAGCACUGCGCCAUGAAAACCUGCAGCUCACGAUUCAGAACGAGAAACUGCGAGUGGAGGGGAGCGGGAGUGGGGGUAGCGCCAACGAAACGAAAAUCUCGAUUCUGGAACAGAAACUGCUGAAUCAGCAAGAAGAGCUGACGGAGCUGCACAAGCGACGCGGCGAAAAGGCGCAGCUCAUCAAUGACCUCAAGGACAGCUUGAAAGAGAAGGAGAAGCAGAUCAGCGAACUUGAGGAGAGGUUAGCAGGGAGUUCAUCCGAAUGUAACAGAUUUCGUGCCGAAAUUGAGAUGUACAAUGUCAAUAGGAAAAACUUGGAAGAUCUAAAUCUGCAUGUUAAAGAUGAACUUCAUGCUUUGCAAUUGGAAUUUGUGCAUCUUGAAGCAAAGCUACGCAAAACACAGGAUGAAAAUGCUAGUUACUUGAAAAGUUGAUGAAAUAUAAAACUAAGACGCCGAAAAAAUGAAUGAAGAAAUGAAACUUUCUCAG